AUGUCAUCAUCAUCAGGAAGCAGCAAUAAACCAAGAACGGUGAAGUUACAGUGUCCUUCCGUGUCCAAGAUAGUGUCCUUCUUGGCAUGGGACGAUCAGAGACUGGACUUGGGGUUUAUAGCUAGGACUUUUGGGUUGGACCCAUCCACGUUGAAGCUGAAUGGUCACUUUAUAAGUAGAGGGGUUGAUCUUGUAUCCUCAUCUGUUACAUGGCGAUCGCUUCUUAAUUUUUUCUCUGCAAAGGGUCUAUCUACUGGCAAAGAUGAUAAGGAAGCUCUUAUUGUGGAUGGCAAGCUCUCCAAAGUUGGGACUAAGCGGGCACAUGACCCCCAAAGCUCUUCGAGCAGGAUUAACUACGGGGCUGAACUUGAGGACGUUGGUGUGAGUGGUAGCAGAAGACAGCAUCAAGAUAUCGACUUGCUCAUGAGUAAAAAAAUGAAGGAAAGCAACUCAGGAUGCGAUGAGAGUUAUCAGAUGCCAAACUGGAAUGAUCUUGGCUUCAAAAGGAAGCAGGUGAUAGAAGAUCAUGUCAGCUUGCUCAAGAAGUUGAAAAUAAAUGGAGACAACUCAGGUACAUGUCCAGACUCCAGAGCGAUAUUCCGUCAGUUUUGUGUUUUGUUUUGUUUUGUGUUAUACAUCCUGCAACUUGGAUUCAUGGAGCUUCGUAAAGAUAUGAAAUGA